AUGACUGGGGGAGGAAAUAUUACAAAGAUCAUGCAUUUCAUCCUCUUGGGAUUCUCAGAUUUCCCCAGAAUCAUAGUAGUGCUCUUUGUCGUAUUCCUGGUGAUAUACAUUUUGACCCUGACUUGGAACCUGUCGCUCCUCAUCUUAAUAAGAAUGGACUCCCACCUCCACACCCCCAUGUACUUCUUUCUCAGUAACCUGUCCUUCAUAGACAUCUGCUACGUGACCUCCACAGCCCCCAAGAUGCUCUACGACUUCUUCCAGGAGCGGCAAACUAUCACCUUAGUGGGUUGUGCUGUUCAGUACUUCGUGUUCUCCACCAUGGGGCUGAGCGAGUCUUGCCUCAUGACCGCCAUGGCUUAUGACCGAUAUGCCGCCAUUUGUAACCCGCUCCUCUAUUCGUCAGUCAUGUCGCCCGCUCUCUGCGGUCGGAUGGUACUGGGAUCUUACAUGGCUGGACUCUCUGCUUCUAUAUCCCAAUUGUGUGCCAUGCUCCAGCUCCAGUUCUGUGGGCCUAAUGUCAUCAACCACUUCUUCUGUGACCUGCCCCAGCUGUUAGUUCUCUCCUGCACUGACACUUUUUUUGUGCAACUCUUGACUGCCGUAUUAACAAUGAUCUUUGGGAUAAUAAAUGCCUUAGUUAUUAUGAUAUCUUAUGUCUACAUUGUCAUCUCCAUCAUGAAGAUCACGACAGCAAGCGGCAGGUCCAAGGCUUUCAACACCUGUGCUUCCCAUCUGACAGCAGUCACUCUCUUCUAUACCUCAAGUAUCUUUGUCUAUUUGAGUUCCAGCACUGGUGGUUCCUCCAGCUUUGACAGAUUUGCCUCAGUCUUCUAUACGGUGGUGAUUCCCAUGUUGAAUCCUUUGAUUUAUAGUCUGAGGAACAAAGAAAUCAAAGAUGCCUUGAAGAGGUUGCAAAAGAAGAGACAGUGUUGCUGA